GUUUGAUUUCUCACCUCACCGCCACACACACACCAGUAUGCCACCACGAGGCGGACCCAAGUCUGAUCGCCUUGCUGCGCUUCGUGAGGCGCGUGAGAAGGGCGGACGUCUCUCCCAGUGGAAGGCCGGAGACGCGGAACUUUACGACGAGGUCACGGACGAGCAGUACCGCUCGAUCGUGGGAUCGCGUCUCGAGCAAGACGACUUCAUCAUUGAUGACGAUGGGAGCGGAUACGUCGAGAAUGGGAUGGACGACUGGGGCGGCGGCGAGGACGAGGAGGAGAGUGAGGACGAGGACGCGUUCGAAGGCGAGGACGAGGAGUACCGCAAGGCGCGUAAACUGAAGCGCGAGAAGGCGCGCGCGAAGGCUGAGAAGAGCGGCGCGAAGGCGGCACCGAAAGCCAAGCCAAAGCCGAAGGCCAAGUCCGCACUGUCAGACUAUGCACGUCCAGCGGCGUCCGCUGCCGCGUACCGACCAGCUAAGCCCACCGUGAAUGAGGACGACUUCAUGGCGUCUCUUCUAUCCACCGUCACGGCAGAGCCCUCCCGUCGCCGCCGCUCAUCUCCCGACUACCCCUCGAGUUCUCCGGUCGCUCCUAGCUCGAGCUCAAGUUUCUUCUCAUCUGGCAGCGUGCGCAAGCGAUACGGGGACAACAGCGAUGACGAGGCGUGGGACCCGUUGCGCGGUCAGAUGAGCAAGAAGCCGCGUAUCUCAGACGCGACUAUCAAGCCUGAGCCGCUGUCAGAUGAAGAAGGCGUCGACUUCGGAAACGCAAUGGACGUGGACGACGACAUUGUCAUCAAGCCCGAGCCGGUUGAUGACGACGACGAGGAGAUGGCCGUCAAGCCGGCAGCGCGACGUACUGGUGCCGCACCAAGCGCCGCUCGGCGCCGCAUGGUCAACUCCACCGCCGUUAAGCAUGUCAAGAAGGAGCCCACACCAGAGCCGCAGAUGGAACUGGAGCCGGAGGUCGAGAGGAAGAAACCUGCGUUCAUCCGCAAGCCUGCCCCAGAACGCGCACAUUGGCAGAGCGUCCAAGCAGCCCUCGCGGACAACUCGGACCUUGACGCCGUACGUGUGCCCCAGGGCUCUACCAAGGCCGAGAACGUCCUCGAGAAGGAUGAUUCGCUCAACAUCUUCUGGCUCGACUUUCAAGAGCAAGACGGUGUUGUUCACCUCAUUGGCAAAGUCCUUGAUCGCCAGUCAGGCAAGUACGUUAGCGCAUGUGUGAGCGUGCAGGGCAUUCAGCGCAAUCUCUUCGUGAAGCCGCGUGUUAAACGCUUUGCCGGAGGUCGCGAGACCCACCUCGAGGUUUCGCAGGACGAUGUGUACCAGGAGUUUGACAACCUACGCAACAAGCACGGCAUCGAGGAGUGGCGUGCCAAGUUUGUUACCCGCAAGUACGCGUUCGAAGACCACACCGUCGAGCAUGGCGAGAGCGAGUGGAUGAAGGUGGUCUACCCCUACAACCAGCCCGAGAUCCCCCAAGGGACCACUGGUGCUACCUUCUCGCACGUCUUCGGCUCCAACACGAGCGCCUUUGAGUUGCUCGUGCUCAAGCGACGUAUCAUGGGCCCCUGCUGGCUCAAGAUCGACGGGCCGGAGCUGUCUGCAAAGGCGGCGACGUGGGCCAAGAUCGAGUUCACAGUCAAGGAUCCAAAGAGCGUCAACCCUGUGGACGAGGAUGACCCCUCCGCGCCGAAGGAGAUGCCUCCGCUUACGAUGAUGAGCAUUGCGCUCCGCACGAUCGUCAAUCACCGCGAGAACAAGACCGAGAUUCUCAUAGCGACGACACGCACAUGGGAAAAUGUCAACAUCGAGGACCCUACGCCGCCCGAUAGCCAGCCCUCGUCACUGACAACCAUCGUGCGCCCGAUCGAGAAGUUCCCGCCUGGCUUGGAGGAACGCGCGAAAACUGAGCGCUCGAGAUUCCAAGCCGUCAAGGCGGAGCGUGCGCUGCUCAACUCUCUCCUCGCGACCAUCCAGCGACAUGACCCCGAUGUCCUUGUCGGCCACAACUUCCUCGGAAACACGUUUGAGGCGCUUCUUUACCGCCUGAAGGAGCUGAAGGCGGACCACUGGAGCCGUAUCGGUCGUUUCCGCCGUAAGGGUUUCCAGAUUAGCAAGGCGGGUUCCAAUGUGCGCCUGCUCGCUGGUCGCCUUGUAGCCGACUUGUCCAGCGACGCGGCCAAGGGCAUGAUCUCGUCGACGACUUGGUCUUUGACUGAAAUGGUCUCGACACAUCUAAAGGUUACCCGCGAGGACGUCGACCCAGAAGACACACACACCUACUUCGACCACACCCUCAGCACACCCGACAAGCUCAUCCAGUACAUUCGUCUGGCCGAGGUCGACGCGUUCUUCCAGAUGGCGAUCGCGUCGCGCGUCCAGCUCCUUCCUCUGACGAAGCAGCUUACCAACCUUGCGGGUAAUUCCUGGAACCUAACGCUCAAUGGCGGUCGUGCCGUGCGCAACGAGUUCAUUCUGCUCCACGAAUUCCACCGACUUAAAUACGUCUGCCCGGACAAGACGUUCAAGCAGAACAAGGUGAAGAUUAUCAACGACGACGGCGAGGAGGAAGAGGUCAAUGCAGGUCACAAGCGCGGCAAGGCCAAGUACGCUGGUGGUCUCGUCUUUGAGCCGAAGCGUGGGCUGUGGGACACAUACAUCCUUGUCAUGGACUUCAACUCGCUGUACCCAUCCAUCAUCCAGGAGUACAACAUUGACUUCACAACCGUCGAACGCGCGGACGUUGAGGACAGCGAGGAGGAGAAGAUCCCCGACGUGCCGCCUAGCGACACCGCGCAGGGCGUGCUUCCGCGCAUCAUUGCCACGCUCGUUCAGCGCCGUCGCCAAGUGAAAGGUCUCAUGAAGGACAAGCAUGCAGCCGCAGCCAAGCUCCAGCAGUGGGACAUCAAACAGCAGGCGCUCAAGCUCACUGCCAACUCCAUGUACGGCUGUCUUGGUUUCGCCGGAUCGCGGUUCUCCUCGCGGCCGCUCGCCGCCCUCACCACCUUCAAGGGUCGUGAGAUUCUUACGCACACUCGCGAGCUCGCCGAGUCGCUCUCGCUCGAUGUUGUGUAUGGUGACACCGACUCGGUUUUUGUCAACUCAAACGUCACAACAUACCCUGAGGCGCUAAAAAUCGCAAACGAGUUCAAGGUGGCGGUUAACGAGCGGUACAAGCUGCUCGAGAUUGACCUGGACGCGACGUUUGAGCGCGUGCUCCUCCUCAAUAAGAAGAAGUACGCCGCUGUCAAGAUUGACGAGGCGGGCGAGCGCUCAACCGAAGUGAAGGGUCUCGAUAUGAAGCGUCGCGAGUUCUCCAAGCUGUCAAAGGACGCAUCUUCUGCUGUGCUCAAAGAAGUCCUCAGCGGCGAGGCGACCGAGAACGUCAUUGCCAACAUCCACGAAUACCUUACGCAGCUUGGAGAAACGGUGCGCUCCGGCGGGGUGCCGCUCGAGGACUUUAUCAUCUUCAAACGACUGGGCAAGAACCCGGAGGACUACCCAGACAAGAAGAGCCAGCCACAUGUCCAGGUCGCGCUGCGCAUGAAGUCGAAGGGAGCGACUGUGCGCGCUCAUGACGUCGUCCCGUACAUCCUUUGUGUGGGGACGGAUGGCAAGGCGGCGCGCAGCGCGCAGGCUGACCGCGCAUUCCAUCCUGACGAUUUGCGGCGACAGGGCAGCGAGCUGAAGAUCGACUACGACCUCUACCUCGACGCACAGGUUUUGCAGCCAGUGCUGCGUCUGUGUGAGAACAUUGAGGGGACAGAGCGCGCACGCCUGGCGGAAUGCCUUGGUCUUGACCCAGCACGAUACACCACCUCUUCGCAUGAGGUGGCCGAGCGCACAUUCCACCGCUUUGAGAGCCAGAUCCCGGACAAGGAACGGUUCAAGGACGCGGUGCCGUUCGCUCUCCGCUGCGGCUCGUGCGACGCGACGUUCGCAUUUGAAGGCAUCGCUUCUGACGCCGAGGAGCCGGAAGGCGCCACGCUGCGCCGCCACGGCAUCGUGUGCCUGUCGUGCUCGGCCUCGGUCCCCUUCCCGAGCGUCGCGCUGCAGCUGGAAACCGCUGUGCGCAGCUUCAUCUCCAAGUACUACCUCGGCUGGGCGGUGUGCGACGCAGACGACUGCGGGGCCCGCACGCGCGCAAUGAGCGUGUACGGCCGCCGGUGUUUGGGAUUCAGCAAGCCUGGGUGCAAGGGCGUUGUGCAUCUCGAGUACUCGGACCUCGCGCUGUACAACCAGCUGCUGUACCUGCGCAACCUGUUUGACAGCGACAAGGCGCUGGCGGCGGCGCGGGGCGGCGCGCGCUUCGACGACGUGCGCGCCCUCGUCGCGUCCAACGCGGCAGGGCUUGCGUCCGCUCUAGGUGUAGUCGACAAGUAUCUCGACUGCAACGGGCGGCGGUUUGUCAACAUGGGCAGCCUGUUCAAAUUCAUGGAGCGGGUGCAGGUGGUGGUUUAGUAGACAUAUUGCAUGCAUGUAAAUUAGCCAAUG